UUAAAAUCAAAUUCCUCUUUUGAAAUUACAGUUUCUUCAUGUGAUGUGACGGCCGAAGUACGAAGAGGAGAAACAAAACGUGUUUCCACUGGACAAAGUCUGACAGUCGAGUGUCCCGUCAAAAACUGUGGGGAGUCAUUCAAUGUCAGAUGGUAUAAAUUAUCUAACACGUUAAAGAACUGGGAGGCCGUUCCAGAUAUGGAGAACAUAAAAAUCACACAGGAAUAUGACAAAGAAAAUCUGAUCUCAUAUUUAAGUUUUGAGCAGGUUUCCAUUAAUGAUGACGGCCUGUACAGAUGUGCUUCAGGACUCAGUAAUGAAAUAGUCAGCCAUUCCAUCAACAUCUCAGUUUCAGAACUAAACAAAGGAGUAGAAAACCCUGAUGAUGAUACAGUUGGCUCAGACAGUAUUGAUGACGAUCGCUCCUCCCUAUCCGUCUUCCUGAUCUGUGUUACCAUUAUAUUUCUGAUCGCCGCAGCGAUAGUGUUGAUCCUCGUGUGCUUUCAUGGCUGGAAACAAACAUGGAUUUGCAACAAUAAAAAUCAAGCGGAAAUAUCUACACAUAUGAUACCGGAGCUCCCGAAGACAAAGAGCGCCCCUUCUUUUCCCAGCCUGCAAACUCAAUUCUCAGUUCUGAAUGACAUCUGUUCUUCAAGUAAACCAGGAAGAACAUCAACAUCACCUGCUCUCGCUCUCGCUAGGAAUGUUGCAGACAUAGCAGCUAAUUGUCAAGCUUCUAACUGUGCAGUUAAUACCAUAAUCAACUACCAACAAUGUGGUUCACCAGCCAGGAACGACACAUAUCAGCAGAAUGAAAAAGCAAAUUGCUGUUAUCAACGCCUUAAACGUUGAGUAUUAUUCUCUCACUGAGAAUAAGUUAGAAACAUCCAGAUUUGCGAGGAAGUAUAGAUGAUCAACACAAGUAUAGAAUAACGAGUAAUUCUAUACCCGUUAUUCUAUACUCGUAUAGAAUAACGAGUAUAGUUAUUCUAUUGCAUUGGAUGCAACUUCUCCAAUGCAGAAGUUGCAUUGGAUGCAACUUCUGCAUUGGAUGUUGGUGAAGUGACAGUUCAAAAAGAGGCCAGUUACAUUUAACGUAGACAUGAAAGUGUGGAAAAGAUAGUUUUUUUGUGCACUUAUCAUUUCACGUUAUAAUCUCAAUAAUUCAGGGACACUGAAAGUUUUAUUAUUUUAAACAAGUAUAAGUUUUGCAAUUCUUUUACUUACGAUUAUUAAAUGCCUGAAAUGUUAUGUAAAUUCAAAGAGCAAUAUCAACAAAAAACCCAUAAGACCAUUCUGUCACGUAUUUCCUGUACAACAUAUUCAUCAAUGGCGAAUGUUGUUUCUGAUGUUUUUGCCAGGUGAUCCAUGUUAUAGAGCUCUUGAUGACACACAGACUUGGGAAAUGAAGGUUGAGAAGAAAAACGAAAAAAACAAUUUAAGACAAAAAUAUCAUCUGACAUGAGUUUACAAACUGCUUGAGACGUUUUUGUCAAAGUGAGAUGAAAGAAAAAGUGAAAAAGUGAUACAUUUUGAAUUAAUUGUGAAGGAGAAUUUUUCAAAUUGAAAACUGAAAACUAGUUUAAUAUGAAGUGUGGAAAAAUAUGUAAAAUAAUAAGAUUUUAGUCUUGAUUUUUACCACAGAAGUCAACAAUAAAGUACUGAAAAAAUGUCUUCUACUUGAAUAUUUUUCUCAUCAAAACAUAAAUAACCAUGUUUUGAUGCAUAAAUAAGCAUCAAAACAUGCAUAAAUAAGCACCUAAUCGACAAUGCUGAUCGUCUAUUAGGUGACGAUCAGCAUCACCUAAUUGUCUACACAAGAUGGCACUGUUGAGAAAAAAAACACUUUUUGUCUUGUUUCAUGCACGCUGUCCUUUCACAGAGGACAGCAUGCAUGAAGUCUAAAAGAGUCUAUUCAUACCAGGUGAUGCUUUUAUGGUGUGGAAAAUAGUGGGAAAAAGAAAAAUCGCUUCUUCUGUUACUUGUCUGGUCAGAAACAAUGACAUAACAUACGUCAGUCAAUCCCACAUAAAGUCCUUGUUUCUUCUUAAAUAAACAUUAAUCCUAACAGGCUUUCAAAAAGUUUGAGUUUCAUCUUUAAAAAAUUCUAUAACGUCAAGCAUUUAAGGGAUCUGUGCCCCCAGGUUUGGGA